UUAUAUUCGCGGGAUUUUCAGGCAUUCGAAGGAUCUUGUUUGGUUGUAUGCAAAAUAUUAUUCAGGAUUCCAAUUAUGGAUCAAACUUUGCCUUGGAAACUACAAUUUUAAUGCACGUUUUAACACCUAGUCUCCGACUACACAUAUAUGGCUACGUGGUAGUUGUUUUCAAACAACUUUUGCCUGAAGAACACGCUAAAUUUAAGGAUGUCUUGGACAAGUUACCCGAAUGUUUUGAUUUUGACGGCGCUCAUUUUAUGCAUUGAUCUUGAAUUAAGUACAGCUUUUAAAGAAUGCUCCAUUACGGAAAUAACCGGUCAGUAUUACAGUAAAAAGGCCUCGAAUGGUUCUGGCGAAAUUUUAAAAACACUGGAAAGCAAAAACAAGAGUGAUUGCUGGCGAAAUUGUUGUGAAUUGGAGCGCUGUAACUUUAUGAUGUAUUCAACCGUUCUUAAAAAACAAGGUUCUUCCAAUGUCACAUGUUUUUUGUUUCGUUGUUCCGAAAUAACCAAGUGUAAAACUUUGCUAUUGCCGCGGAAUUCCAACGGAAUAUCAAUCAUUGGAGUCAAGCAAGAGAAUAUCACAGAAGCCAAUCCUGGCAGCAGUGAAGACGUUGUGCAGCAUAAAAUAUAUAAGCUGCUAUUGAAUUCAAGCGUUCAUUCAUCCAAAAGUGGAAUAGCCAUCACCAGUACAACAAUAAACACAGACAAACCUGAGAACGUUACAUUAAAAUUCAAUAAAACAAUUAAUAUUGAUAAAUUUGGAGUUAAAACAACUAUUCAGUCACCAUCACCUAAGAACACGCAUUCACCAAGCAGUUCUGCCAAUUUAACAACUCAAGGCCUCGUGGAAUCCAUAAGUAACAACAAUUAUCCUACAUCAAUGGUUACCAGCUCACAGUCAAAUGCAUUGGAAAUUUUAACUUGGUUCAACCACUCUUUUUCUAUCCACCAUCCGUUUAAAUCCACACACAACAGCAGUCAUUCCACACUAUCCUCAUUAAUACAUUCAACACGUUCAUCACAAACGCAUACACUCGGAAAUCGUUCAUCACAAACGCAUACAUUUGGAAAUCGUUCAUCACAAACGCAUACAUUUGGAAAUCGUUCAUUGCAAACGCAUACACUUGGAAAUCGUUCAUCACAAACGCAUACAUUCGGAAAUCGUUCAUCACAAACGCAUACAUUCGGAAAUCGUUCAUCACAAACGCAUACACUUGGAAAUUGGUCAUCACAAACGCAUACACUUGGAAAUCGUUCAUCACAAACGCAUACACUUGGAAAUCGGUCGCGAUCAAACGGUUCGUCAUCACAUAAUGUUGGUUGGCUGUCAGGAUCAUAUUCAAACCCUAAUGCUGGAGCACACUCAUUCAAUCAUCAAACCCAUUCUCUCAACAAAAUAUCACAUACAUUGAGUUCCAUCUCUGUGGGUUCGUUGGUCAAUUCACUGCAAUCAAAUCCAGAUUCCGAGGUUGUUAUGACAUCACUAUCUUCAUUCGUACGUUCCCAUCACAGUGCUGAAACUAUGCUAUUAAGCACAAUACCAAGUCUAGAUGCAACAAGUAAUAUCUCUCAUGUGUCUCAAUUAGAUGCACCAAGCAACUUGCAUAAAAAUCACCACACAAGAUCUACGUCAUCACCGAUUGCAUCGCAUUCUUCAAAUAGUGUCCAUAAAACACACCGAAAAUUCUCAGAACAGAAAAGUCACACAACACGUGUAUCGUUGGUAAUCUCGUUAAUUUUUGGAAUUUUUUUCUUUGGCACUGUGGUGUUCAUCAUUGGUCGUCGCUGGAGCGAGCAGUGCUUUAGAAGAGGUUACUCUCGUGUUGAUUAUCUUUUGAAUGAUUAUGAUUAAUCGAAUAUUGUGGUAUCCCAAGUACUUAAUGUAAGUAAUAGUUGUAAUAGAAUGUCUCAAAAAUAAGGGCAUAUAAUGUAGUCAUUGAAUUAGUGGUAACUCUGGGAACUUUAGGUGGAGGUAUUGAGUUUGUGAUAGACCAUUCGGUGAUAAAUAGGGUGUACUUAAAGGGAACCGUUGGAUAUAGUAUAAAGAUGCAAUUUAUCUGAAUCAGACAGUAGAUUAAAUUAUUAAAUUCACUAUAAAUUAUUUAAUGACAUUUGCAGCUAAAUAUUUUCUGAUCAUGAUACAGUGGUCUGAGUAUUU